GUUUGUGUACAUUUCAUAUUGUUUUACUGUUCAUGCAAGUUUCCAACACGACCUGUCAAUAUAUAUAUAUACAUAUACGCACACAUGUAGAGUCAUAAAUGCAACAAUUCAACGCUUUCGAAAUUUACGCUUGUUUUCCCUCUCUAGUCUCUCCUAUUUUAUUUCUCUUCUUCGGCAAAGUCCAGUUUCUGCAUAAUGAUGGAAGAGCACAAUUAAGAAUCAAACUCAUAUUGUAACUGCAGAGAUGCCAAGAUCAAGAGCGAGUGAAUUGCCUCAACGGCCGUCUCCUCGGGCGCCGCACAGCCUCUGGACGUCGUCGAGCUCCGACUCGGAUCCAGUCCAUCAACGGUCGAGGACCACCGAGCGGAGCCCGAGGCUGUCGGACGGGCGGUCCCCACGGUCGGAGCCAUUAAAUCAGAGGAAGCUAGGAAGCCGCAUUGCUGAUCUAGAGACUCAGCUUGGCCAAGCCCAGGGUGAGCUCAAAUGUCUCAAGGAUCAGUUGGCCUCUGCUGAGGCAGCUAAGAGAGCAGCUCAAGAACUUCUUGAUAAGAAAUCAAGGAAACCUAACAAGCUUCCAAAUUCUCUUGAAAUUCAAGACAAGAAACAAAGUAAUGAGGAGUACUAUGAUGAUGUCUUUGAAGUCCCGGUGGAGAAACCAGCUCUUGAGUUCAAGGAAUCACCGGCAACGCCAGCGCCAGACAGUUUGUUUUCAUGUGAUGAGCUGGCAUCGAAGAACGAGGAGAUAAGCACGCUCAAGGGCAAGCUGGAUGAAAAGAGUAAAGAAGCUCAUGUUCUUGCUGAGGAGAACGCCAAGAUGAAGUGGCAGCUUCACGAGAAGUCGACCAAGAUAUCAUCAGCGGAGUCUGAGAUAGAGGAGCAGAGUUUGAGGUUGAAACAGGCUGAUGAUGAAAUACAGAAGAGUAGAACAAGUGCAGCAAGAGCCAAGGCAGAGUUGGAGAACGAGAUGAAGAUGCUUCGUGUUCAAACCGAGCAAUGGCGAAAGGCGGCUGAUGCUGCAGCAACAGUCUUGGCUGGGGAAGUGGAGAUGAAUGGGAGGAGGAUAUCUGAGAGGUGUGGAUCCAUGGACAAGCAGCUUUAUGGCAGCUCGUUCGAGCCCGUUGGCAGAUACACGGGCUCACCGGGGCUGCCCGAUGAUUCUGACGAUGUUUAUGGAGGCGGCAAGAGGAGAGGAUCUGGUAUCAAAAUGUUUGGAGACCUGUGGAGAAAGAGAGGGAACAAGUAGAAACUCAGUGUGUGUGUGUGUGUUUUUUUGUUAGAAUAGGUUCAGGAAAAUGGUUUCUCACCAUUUGCAUUUGUUUUCAGUUUCGCUGUACUAGUAGACCACUUGUUUUAUGUUAGCAGACAUUAAAUAUGGUGUUCAUUUAUGAUGGAUGGCAAUGAAAAAGAAUUUUUGGGGA